AGCCUUCAGGGAGCCCAAGCAGGCUUGGCCACAGAUUACCACAAGAAAAGCUUUGUGUUCAGGUUGCGAGUGGAAGGCUACCAAUUCUUGUGCGCGACAGGCAAUUUUGCUGCAGCCAUCAGUUGGGUGGAUGCUUUAAACGCUGCGAUCGCGGUGAGUGUGGACUUGGACGAGCGCAAGGAGCCG